AGAAGUCCUCACCGUUCCCCGGCAGCGAUUUCGACCGUUUCGCCAUGGCACAAUAGGGUCCAAUCUAGAGGAUACGCCGUCUGAAAGGGGCCGUGGUGAGAUGAAGUUCAAUUGGAAGCUACUGUUUCCUUUCAAAAACAACCAGUUACUGAUGCUAAAGCUCCUUCUUCCUAUUCUCUUAAUGGGUAUUGCUUUUCGUUUCCUCUUCGCUGGUUUUGGUGACAUUCCAGCGAAUUUGGAUACCUCAUUAACCGAGAAGAAUAUCUUUUCUGCGAUUUUGGAUACUCAUUUUGAAGCUUGGAUGAAUAAGAUUCAGAAACCACUUGAAGGGAAGUGUAAUCUUUUUGUUGGAGAGUGGAUCCCAAAUCCAUCAGGUCCUGUGUACAACAAUGAGAGCUGCCCCCAUAUUGAAGCCCAUCAAAAUUGUAUGAAGAAUGGGCGGCCAGAUACAGAAUACCUAUACUGGAGUUGGCAGCCACGGGAUUGUCAACUACCGAAGUUCGAUCCACAAAGAUUUCUGGAGACGAUGAGGGACAAAACAUGGGCGUUGAUCGGAGAUUCGAUAUCUCGAAACCAUGUUCAAUCAAUGCUGUGCAUGCUAUCAACGGUGGAAGUAGCUAUUUAUAUCUACCAUGAUGAAGAAUUCAAGUCUAAAAAAUGGUGGUUUCCAUCAUACAACUUCACCAUUUCAGUUGUUUGGUCACCUUUCCUAGCAGAAGCAGCUAUAUUUGAAGAUUAUAACGGUGUGUCUACGUCAGAAGUCGAGCUGCAUCUCGACGUACUCGAUAAGAAAUGGACAGACGAGUUCCACCGGCUAGACUACAUGAUAAUUUCUAGUGGUAAGUGGUUUGUGAAACCUGCAAUCUACUAUGAGAAGAACAAAGUAUUAGGCUGCCAUUCUUGCCCAAGAAAGAAUUAUACAGAGCUAGGUAUUGAAUUUGCCUAUCGUAGAGUUCUCAGGUCUGCAUUGAACUUUAUUCUAACAUCCAAGCAUAAGGGUAUGAUAUUCAUGAGAGCAUCAACCCCUGACCACUUUGAAAAUGGGGAGUGGUCGACCGGAGGAACGUGCGAUCGAAGGGCGCCGUUUAAAGAAGGUGAGAUUGAACUGAAAGAUCUGACCAAAAUUCUGCGCAACAUCGAGUUGGAGGAGAUCAAGAAGGCAGAAGCAAAAGCGUCUCGAGUUGGGUUGAAUCUUAAACUCCUUGACCUGACCGAGCUUUCAUUGUUGAGGCCGGAUGGUCAUCCGGGCUCAUACAGAGAGUUCCAACCAUUUGCACAUGACAAAAAUGCAAAAGUGCAGACAGAUUGCUUGCAUUGGUGCCUACCCGGACCGAUCGACGCAUGGAACGACGUGAUCAUGGAGAUGGUGCUAAACGAAUAGGAAACAUCAGCAACGACGAGCAUGAGCACAAGAUUUUGCUACAAGAAGGCACACUCUUGAUCUCUGGAACAAUGCUUUAGGAGGUUCAUCUCUAUCUCUAUUAAACACACAGCCAUAUCUAUGAGUUAGCUUAGUUUCAUAUAUUCUAUUGCAUCAAAUAGAGCAUAUUUCUUGUCCUAGUUUGAGCAUUCAAAGGUUGUCAAAUCUCUGUAACUAUAGUCCCGAGACCUCGUUCGAGCUUAACGGGUCCGGGACUGAUUUAACUUGUUCAGUGGCCCUUCCAUAAACAUUGGGGGAGAAAAGAAGAGUGAAUAAUCAUGU